AAGAAAGGGUUAACUAGGGUCUUCGACUUUAUCUAAAACAGUUCUCUGUGGGUCUCUCCCGAACCAUCUUAAUUCCUCCACUAAUUAAUGCUUACUACUAUAUAUGUGUAAUGAUCCAUAACCCAGAAAUUAAGCAGCAUACCCUACAAGCUUGGAAUCACUUGCAGAUCAAGAGUUCUGGAUCGCCUUGUUGCUCUCACAGCUCGAUUUCAAGCAAAUUGGAUUUUGCUCAUUAACUAAUUAAUUCAUAUACAUGGCUUUCAUCAUGUCUCCUGUCUACUGGAGAUCCAUGGCGAGUCGCCAGCUGGGAGCGAUCAGGAGAUCGGGAUUUGUCCCUGCCCUUGAUUUGGGUCAUCACCCUCCUCAAGCCACCAAGCCAAGGUCGAUGAAGGGUGAGCGGGUGCCGGCGUACGUGGCUGUGGGGAUGAUAGCGGUGUCGACAUCUCUAGGACUCUUCACGGCGAUGCAUCAGCUGAAGCGCGCCCCGGACGUGGCGGUGAGGAAGUCGAGAAGGGAGACGGUCCCGGAGGUGGAAGACCCCGAUCGGGUGGUGGAAGACGCCGGCAAGUUCAUCAACAAAUCACUCUUCCGAAAGGUGGCGCGGAUCCACCCCCGUGGUCAUGCUCCCGCUGAAUCUCUCGUCAGGCAGCCGCACGUGGAGACACUGAAGUCGGUUCGCGUGGAUCCCAGGAUGCAUUGAUCUAUAUAAAUAUAUAAUAAUAAUAUUAUAAAAGCACGACGGCUGUAAGCAGAACCCUAUGUAGAGAUGAAUCCGCGAUAAGUAACGGUCGGUCUGUCUGUCUGCGAGUUUGUUCAGUUUCAUUGACAUGUACGUACAUCACAUUACUACACUACUAAUGGGUACGAACAUCUUGGUGAUGACACUAAUUAUGCGUGUUACUUUGUACGUGUAUGCAUAUAUAAGAUUGAAUAAGAAAUAAAGUUGGUUUGCUCCCCUCCCCUGCCC